GCAUUUGCCGUUCCACAAUCAGUGGAAAACUGAAUGCCAACCGGAAAGGAUCGUUGCUCUAGCAGCUCGCGUCAAGCCCAAAAGUUCAGCAGGUGCUUUGCGUUUUACACUCACUCGUGGCAUUUUAUCAUCGUCAGCGUGACAAAAAUCGACGGUUAAUCAGUCACUGAGUCAGUCGGUCGUCAACCAACGGUGGAAAGUAGGACUCUUUUAUUCGCUUCAGUCGUCAGGAGUGCCGACGACCGGUAAUAGUGCAGACAAAUUUCGAUCUGACGAACGGCGUGUGCUUCCGGUUGCCGAAUGUGAGUGCGGGAAAAUUGACAUUUAUUUUUCCGAGCCAUUGGAUUACACUAUCGAGGGUGCGUGAAAGUGCAACGGAGGAGUGUGGAAAGGGGGGAAACCGGGAUCAGCCGGGUGAAAGUGAUUGAAUGAGUGCAAGUAUCAAUUUCCCGCGUGAAAAGGAAGUGUCAGCAGUGUGGGAGCAGUGAACAAAUACAGGUGUUGUGUCCCCGACCCUAGGCAAAAAAAUUAAUUAAGAAAAGCGUCGACCGGUUCUAUUUGCGAAUAGUACACAUUAUCGAAUGACGGAAGGUCGACGAAGUGGAAACAUACAAAGCCUACUUGUUCCCGGUUCUUUCGUCAACGGCAGCGUGCUAGAAGAGCGAAAAAAGAUUGUGAUAUCGUAGAAGGCCACGGGUUUUUAGGGGGACGCCCGUUCCAUAGCGCGCGCACAUUGUAAGCUCCAGAGGAUCUCACCUGGAUUGCAGUUACGUGGAUCGCUUCAUUCUUGGAAAUAAAUCGUCAUCAGCAGCACACGGUGCCAGAACCAUCAUGUAUCCCUACUACGAGUCGGACUGGAGCAUUUUGCCACCGGAACACAACCGAAGAUAUAGCCCGGGACUCACAAUCAACAAUAUCAAACAAGUGAUCAAUGAAACGAUAGAAACCAAUAUUCUAAGAAAGCCUUCACCAACUCGCCUCCGAGAACUGAUCCGCCAGAUACGUGCAGCCCGAACAGCUGCCGAGGAGCGAGCCGUAGUCAACACAGAAUGUGCCUAUAUCCGAAGUACCUUUCGCGAGACGGACUGCAUAUGGAAAUGUCGCAACAUGGCCAAAUUGCUCUACAUUCACAUGCUAGGCUACCCGGCCCACUUUGGACAGAUGGAAACGCUAAAACUGGCGGCCAGUUCAAAAUUCACUGACAAACGGAUAGGGUACCUUGGUGCGAUGUUGCUGCUGGACGAACGACAGGACGUCCACGUGCUGCUCACCAACUGUCUGAAGAAUGACCUCAAUAAUUCGACGCAGUUCAUCGUGGGGACGGCUCUCUGUACCCUGGCCGCGAUCGCCUCACCCGAGAUGGCCCGCGAUCUGUCACACGAGAUAGAACGUCUGAUCGCGUCCUCCAAUGCGUUUCUUCGCAAGAAAGCUAUCCUGUGUGCCUUUCGGAUGGUCCGCCGAGUGCCUGAACUGAUGGAGGAGUAUAUACCCAAGUGCUCACACUUUUUAAACGAUAAGAAUCACGGAAUCCUCAUAUCGACAAUCACUUUGGUUACGGAGAUGUGUGAGCAAAGUCCAGUGGUGCUCAACUACUUCAAAUCUUCGAUCCCGACGUUGGUGCGGACGUUGAAAACUCUGAUCGUGAGUGGCUACUCGCCGGAACAUGUCGUGAACGGAGUGAGUGAUCCCUUCCUGCAGGUUAAGAUCCUUCGGUUACUGAGGAUCUUGGGUCACGGUGAUACCGCUCAGUCGGAGAUUAUGAACGACGUGUUGGCACAGGUUGCGACCAAUACGGAGACAAACAAGAAUGCAGGGAACGCGAUCCUCUACGAAACCGUGCUGACGAUCAUGAACGUUGAAUCAGAAAACAGCCUCCGAGUUCUAGCCGUCAACAUUCUGGGUCGAUUCCUGCUCAACAGUGAUAAGAACAUCCGCUUCGUGGGACUCUUGACGCUGGUCCGAACCGUUCAGCGAGACAUGACCGCAGUGCAGCGACAUCGUAUCACAAUCCUCGAGUGCCUUACCGAUUCGGACAGUUCGAUACAGAAAUGUGCCAUGGAACUUUCGUUCACGUUGGUCAACUCGCAGAACAUUGAAACUAUCGUACGGGAAUUGCUCAAAUAUCUGGAAACGGCCGAAGCGGAGAUGAAGGGUACCUGCAGCAGUAGGAUUGUCCUGGCAGCAGAGAUGUACUCACCCUCCAUCCACUGGCAUCUGGACGUGCUGCUCAAGGUGUUGACCAUUUCUGGCAACAACAUCCGAGACGACGUGAUAGCCUCAACAAUUCAGCUCAUAUCCAACAGUCCCCCAAAAGAGCAGAGUUACAUCAGUGGUAAAAUGUGGAAAUCUAUCACCAACAUGAACCAGCUGGAAAACCGCCAACCGCUCGUUCAAGUGGCCGUGUGGACCCUCGGCGAGUACGGUGAAUCCGGUAGUUUCGAUGAAAACGAGCUGAUUGACCACUACCGACAACUGCUGUGGGCUCCGCAGCUAUCAAUCACCACCAAACAGUACAUCCUGGUUUCACUGGCGAAAAUAAGCGUCCGUAUGGAGCACUGCACCGCUAACAUCCAAAACAUCAUCAACGCCUUCCGGGUACAUCUGAACAUCGACCUGCAACAGAGGGCUGUUGAGUUCCACCAGCUGUUCACCAGUCACAACCACCUGAGGGCGGCAUUGCUAGAGAAGAUGCCCGUCCUGAAGAUAUCCGAACUGACCACAUCGGAGUACAAUUCCGACUUUGCCGGAUCAGCGGAACCGACUUCGGCUUCGUCGCCCAGCGAAGAAUCAACGCCUCAGAAGCAGGUUUCGAAUCAGGACAUCCUCCUGGACUUGCUAGGAGAUUCCUUUGGCAGUGGCUCUUCAACUAGUAAUACGACGACCACUCCCAGCCCCUUGCAACAGUCCACACCGAACGAACCUCCGCCAGCAACCAAUACGAUUUUGGAUCUGCUUGGCCUGGGAGGUAUGGAUCAAUCCGGUUCCUUCACGGCGACAGUAAGUCCAUUGCCCAGCGGAUUCGGCAGCCCCACGGAGUACUCGGCCACGACGAUUCUCGUUUACAGCCAGGACAAUAUAGACAUACGGUUCAUCGUGAAGAAGGAAGGCGACCACGCGGUCGUCACGGCCAAAACGACCAACAACUCGCUCAACAUGCUCGAGAAGUUUAUGCUGCAGGUCGCAGUCCCGAAAGCAUUUACGAUACAAAUGAUGGUGCCAUCGAGUACGGUGAUGCUCCCGGGAGAAUCAGUUGUCCAGGACAUUAACGUGAUUCGUACCAAUCCAGCCGCCAGCAGUCCCCUCCGGAUGAAGGUCCGGUUUUCCUACGACAUCGGUAACUACUCCGUGAUGGAACAAGCGGACGUCAACGAUUUCCCGCCGGAUCUUUUCAUUUGAGGGUCGAUGCUGCUCACACUCUAAUACAGCUAAUCACAACUACUAACCGGAACACGUUUGCUCAACUGUAAAAUAGCAUAUUUCAACUACACUAAUCGACUGUUGUAAGUUUUACAACAAAAAAACGGCAAACCAGGGCACAAUGUUUGAAACAAGAAAUCAAAUGGACUUUUUCGGAACCAAUCAACUCAAAUCUGACUAUCAAAUUAGAACACUAGAGCACAAGUUCAUUCUGUUUUACAGUGCGUAGAUUAUUUCAUGUUAAAUUUUAUCAUAAAAAUUUAAAAUAAAGAGUUAAACGCCUAGCAGAAUUUUACCCCCAGUUGAACCAAUUAAAUGUAGAUAAUUUAAAUAUAAA